AUGCCUGUAUCUGUUCUGCCCCUUUUUGACCUCACGCCGGACGAGAAGCAAUCCUCACUACGAGAACUGUUCGACAUGAUAGAAGAGAUCCGUCGCAUCAUCGCAGGACCGGCGCCCCUCUCCGUUUUUGACUGGUCCGAGGCUCUGCGCCUGCUUAAGGAUGCGUUCGUACUAGCCAAUGAUACCCAUGAGUGGUAUGACGAUGUGCGGUUGGCGACUCUGUUCCUGUACAAGGGCGACUGCUUCCGGGGGCUCGGCCGGGUGCGCGAAGCCCGGGAUGCAUAUCAGGCCGCUCUACAAGUAGAGACACGGUCGUACGAAGAUGAAGGAUCUAGACUUAACGCAAUAGACCGACUCACAGACCUAGAUACCUUCAUGGAAGAUGCUAAAGCCCGUCGGAAGGCUGGACUCUGGCAUGCACUCAACCACAGUAACGGUAACCCAGACCUCUCGAUCCUGGGCUACGAAACGGAACUUUGGGACCCUGAGCCCGCUCUCCGUGUUCAAAGUGUGGAGCGGUGGCCAGCGAAGGUAACAACUUGCAUCGGUGGGCAAGUCUCGUGGCUUAAAACUGAUGGAUACGGGUUUGCCCAGGAGAAAGCACCACUACUGCGGAGCAGAAGAGGCCAGCAGAUUGCGCCAUGCUUGAUCACGACUGCUGCAUGA